CCACCCAUCCACCAUGGGGUCUUGUCCUGAAGGUCAGAGAUCAAAAUCUUUCUGGGGGUUAAAAGCCAUAAAUUGGGAAUCUAUUUAGGUGUCAGUCCAGUCAGAAAACACACACUGUGGACUUGAUAAGAUAAGAUAGAUUCCAUAUAAUUUAGAGCUGAUUUAAAUUUGUAAACACUGGAUUUUAUGUGUGAGGGCAGAUUAUUCCAGAGAAAACCUGGUCACAUUUCAGGGGGUGUUUCUCUGUCCUUUAGAUCUCACUGCUGAAGGAGAAUCCAUAAAAGUGGCCAUCACUGCAUUGAACAUGCAUGGACAAAGGAACAAGUGCCUUCAUUUGGAUAGCGGGAGACCUUCCAGGAGUAAAAGGCAGGUCUGCACAUGAUAAAGCAGGAUCACUUUCCUGAGAGAAAAUGUCAAAGUAAACCCGUCUGUUUUCAUCACCGUGGCAACAUGUUUCCACAGAAACAAGCUUCAUUAUCACAGUGAAAAGCUGCAGUUACACCUGAGCCUGACAGAGCUGCAGAGGUCUGACUGCACUGUGACCGAGGCACAGGACGAGACGAUGGACGGCUUCAGCCCGGCUUCAGCCCGCUGUGGUCCUCGCUGCCAACAUCAACCUCAGCGCUUUAGACCGAGACCCAUGCAUCAGAGCACCCUGAGCCUGGGCGACACGCCGCCCUGCUACACCACCACCCACACCCAGAGUUAUUCCGGCAGGUCGGCCGAUGGACGUCCUCUCGUCUUCCGCCUCAGAGACCCCAGCUUCCCCUCCCAGCACCGCAGCCAGCUGGAUCUCCGUGACAACAGCAUGCCGCCGCAGAGUGUGCUGCAGUCACACAGCAAAGAGGUGUACGCGCCCCAGCACGUGACUCCGAGAGUCGACCCAAAGUUGGAAAACUGGACUCGGUAUAACAGCAGCCGCGCCAUCAGAGAGCUCAUCAGUCAGCAUCAGCAUCAUCCACCCGAGUGCCAGAGCACCUACAGGACGGAGCACCCGACCCCGGAGUUCGACGGCUCGUCACUGCAGGCCAGCGGCAGACAGACACAGCGGCACCGACACGACAUCCUGACAGGUGAACCGACGCAGGUGUUUGAGCCGGGGAAGUCCAGCAGACGGUCCAGAGAUCAGCAGCUGUGGGCGACCAGACGCUGGGAGACGGACUGUACUGCGUUGAGACUCUACUGAUAGAAAGUAACGCCACAGCAAACCUCCAUUAAAUGUGCAAACCCUG